AUGCCCCUAUCAUGUAACAUGAUUNNNNAGGAGGCCAAGAAGUGCACUGACAAGCCUACUAUCAUCAAGGUCCAUACCACCAUUGGUUAUGGCUCGGCCAAGCAGGGCACGUCCAAAGUCCAUGGGUCUCCCUUGGGUGACGACGAUCUCGCCAAUGUGAAGAGGGAGUUUGGCUUCGACCCUGAGAAGCACUUCGAGAUCCCCGCUGAGGUCCGCAGUCUCUACCAGAGCGCCCUUGCUCGCGGUGAGAAGGCCAACAAGGAACGCUUCAAGGGAGAACUACCCAUUGAUUUGGACGAGUGCAUUCCCAAGUAUCAGCCUGGUGACAAGGCGAAGGCCACUCGUGUCACCAGUGGCGAGGUGCUUGCUGCUCUCAUGAAGCGCCUCCCUGAGAUCGUUGGAGGGUCAGCUGAUCUGACUGCCUCCAACAUGACCAAUAUGGGCAAAUACCCCGUCAUGCAGAAGGGUGCCAUGCAGAACCGCUACAUGGAGUUCGGUAUUCGCGAGCACGGUAUGGCUGCUAUCUUGAAUGGUAUGCACGCCUAUGGUGGCUUCCUUCCCUUCGGAGCCACCUUUGUCAACUUCAUAGGCUACUGCUGGGGUGCUGUCAGACUCUCAUGCCUCUCGAAACAACAGGUCCUCUAUGUCAUGACCCAUGACUCCAUCGAUCUCGGUGAGGAUGGUCCUACUCAUCAGCCUAUUGAGAUGCUCCCCUUGUUGCGUGCUACCCCUAACAUGAGUACUUUCAGACCAUGUGAUGGCCGCGAAACCGUCGGUGCCUAUAUGGCCUACUUGAACAACAAGGAAGGCCCUACUACUCUCAUUCUUAGUCGUUCCGGACUUCCCACCUUCGACCAUUCCUCUCCUGAGGGUGCUAUGAAGGGCGCUUAUAUUAUUGAUGAUUUCUCUGGCAAGGGUGACAAGAAGGUCAUUAUCAUCGCCAGUGGCACUGAGGUUCUCCAGUCGGUGGAGGCUAAAAAGCUGCUAACUGAACAGGGUGUUGAUGCUCGUGUUGUGUCUAUGCCCUCUUGGGAUCUUUUCGAGAAGCAAAUUGAUGAUUACAAGAAGGUUGUCUUCCCUGAGGGUGUCAAGAGGUUGAUGGUUGAAGCCGCCAGUCCCCUCGGAUUCGAGAGGUACGCUGAUGAGUGGAUUGCAAUGACUACGUUUGGUGCCUCUGGUCCCGCUAAGGAUGUGAAGGCCAAGUUUGGCUUUACUGCUGAGAACAUUUGUGAGAGGGCUAAGAAGCUUGCCGCUUAAGGGAGCUGCUUGGCUAUGAUUAUGCCUUUGUGGCAUGUUGUUAAUACUAGGGUAUUAUUUCAAUUUCUAGUAGUUACUAUUUAUAGUCUGUGCUGAUGUUAACGAUGUUCCUUUAUCGUCAACCCGCUAGUAACGCGAUGUUGUUGAUGACACAUCCAGAUCUACGACACGCAAAGAAG